AUGGAACCCAAAUUCCUGACUUCUUCGCAUACAAAUUUGCCAUCAGCUGGCCCUUUACCAUUUUUUUUCUCAGAUAAAUCAUCUUUGCUUCGAAAACCCAAGUUCUGUUUAGAAAACCCUAUUUCAUUUCCCUCUGUAAAGACAUCAUUUUUGGGUCAAAAGUUGGUUUUUGAGCAAAACAAUGUAUCUUUGGUGAAUUUGAGGAGAACCCAUUUUCGUGUUCCGUUAAUAAGUGCGGGUGCUGUGAAGAAGAGGAAGGAGCUUCCUUUUGAUAAUGUAAUUCAAAGGGAUAAGAAGAUCAAGUUGGCUUUAAAAAUUAGGAAGAUUUUAGUUAGCCAGCCGAAUAGGAUUAUGGCCCUUCGUGAUUUGGGUAGAUGGAGAAAAGAGUUGGGGCUGCAGAAAAAGCGGCGAUUUAUUGCUUUGUUGAGAAAAUUUCCUUCUGUGUUUGAAAUUGUGGAAGAAGGGGUAUAUUCACUUCAGUUUAAGUUAACUCCAGAGGCCGAGAAGCUUUAUCUCGAGGAGUUGAAGGUUAGGAAUGAAAUGGAGGACUUGUUGGUUAUCAAGCUAAGGAAAUUGUUGAUGAUGUCGAUUGAGAAGAGGAUUCUUUUGGAGAAGAUUGCCCAUUUGAAGACUGAUCUUGGACUUCCAUUGGAGUUUCGUGACACUAUUUGUCAUCGAUACCCAGAGUAUUUCAAGGUUGUUGCAACACAACAAGGGCCAGCUUUGGAGUUGUCUCAUUGGGACCCUGAGCUUGCUGUCUCUGCUGCAGAGCUCCAAGAAGAAAAGAAAAAGGAGAGAGAGACGGAGGAGAGAGAUUUGAUUUUUGAUCGGUCCCGCAAGUUCAAUAGAGUGAAGCUACCAAAGGGGCUUAGCAUCUCGAAAGGCGAAAUGAGAAGGAUUUCUCAAUUUAGAGAUAUGCCUUUUAUAUCGCCUUACUCUGAUUUUUCAGAAUUGAGGUCUGGUACGCCAGAGAAAGAAAAGCAUGCUUUUGGUGUUGUUCACGAGAUCUUGAGCCUCACCGUUGAGAAGAGAACACUUGUUGAUCAUUUAACCCAUUUUCGAGAGGAAUUCAGAUUUUCUCAACAGCUUAGGGGAAUGUUGAUAAGGCAUCCUGAUAUGUUCUAUGUUUCUCUGAAGGGCGAUAGGGACUCUGUUUUCCUGCGUGAAGCAUAUCACAAUUCCCAGUUGAUAGAGAAGGACAAGUUGUUGCUUAUUAAGGAGAAGCUCCGCGCACUUGUUAAUGUUCCACGAUUCCCGGGGAGAAAUGUUCCGAAUGCUGAUGCAGAUGAAGCAGCAGAUACAGAGGCGAAAGAUGGAACUGGUGAACACAAGGAAGAUGAAUGGUCUGACAUUGAUAAUUUAGCAAGCGAUGGAUUUGACGAUGAUGACGAUGAAGAAAAUGAGGAUGAUUGGAGUGAUGAAGAAGAUGAUAUGCCCCCAGACUUCAGUGAUGACGAUGCAACUGUGGAUAUAGAAUUGAGCAAACCAGAGAAGCAAGCUAAUGGCUCGAAGACAAGCAACGAGAAGGUUCUUGCUCCUGUGUUUCCAGAUGGCCGUCCAAGAGAAUGCUGUGUUCUUGUUUCUUUAUACAAUUGUGUUGGAACUCUGCAGUUUCACCGUGAUUCUGAGGAUGUUAACACAUCAUAUAACAGCAGACGACAGAUAGAUCAUGGCUUUGUCUCUACAAUCAAACUAUUUUUGUACGAUGCCUGGAACUGUUUGGAGAGGACGUAUGAUAGUAAAUCUCAUACUCGAGUUAUGGGGCUUCGAGAGAUUCUACCACAUACUACCGCCGAACAUAUGAGCAUCGCUGAUUAUAUGCAAACAGUCAAGAGCACUUCAGAAACUCUUUCUUUUCCUGGCUCACAAAUGAAUGAUGAUGAGCUCAUCGAUGCCGUACUCAAAGGUCUUGGACCAGAGUUCAAGGAACUUAGCUCUACAAUUGAAGCCCGAAACUCUCUCAUUUCAUUUGAGGAGUUACAUGACAAACUUGCUGAUUUUGAAGUGAUUCUAAAACAUUCUAAAGCGAAUAUAGAGAACAGACCAAUCAUUGCUUAUUACCUCUCACGAAACAACAAUAGAAACAAAAGCAAUGGCCCUCACUUCACCAACUCCACAAACUAUAAAAAUGCUUAUUCUUCAUAUAUUAACCAAUCACAACACAUAGGCAACUCCAACAAUUGCUUUUAUAGUGGUGGACACGUCUAUAACUAA